GCUAAAGGUCAUAUAUACCUUUUCACCUAAUUAGUUGAAAGAUUCUUACAAAAGGUAUAUAUGAACAAUCCAACUAGGAUAAAAAUGAGAUAUAUGCUCAAUUUAGCUUAUGAUAGAGGUUGACACACCAAACCAAUGAUCUUUUUCGUGUUCUAUUGAUCAGAAUCAUCCAACAGCGCCACGCCAGUAGAAAGAGUCUUGUUGUUGGUGACUCGGUACGUAGUUUUGAGUGUGCAAAGAGUUUUUUGGAUUGAUUGUAAUUUGUUUUAUUGAGGGAAUGAAUAUUGGUGAAAUGCUUAAGAAGUUGGAGAAAUAUCUACCAAUGAAGAAAGUAGGUGGAGAAAAUUUGUCCAAGAGCAAAUCAUGGCAUGGGAGAAGCACAAGUACAAUAGCUCCAGAAGGGUGUUUUUGGGUUUAUGUUGGGCCAAAUAAAGAGAAGUUUGUUAUAAAAACAAAGUAUGCAAACCAUCCAUUAUUCAAGAAAUUGCUUGAAGAUGCUGAAAAAGAGUAUGGUUAUAGUUAUAGCCAAGGCCCAAUUUUGUUGCCUUGUGAUGUUGAUUACUUCUAUUUAGUGUUGGCUGAUAUGGUCAAUAACAAAGAGAUGGAUGAUUCAAUAGGGUGUGGAUCAUGUAGUCCAUUAUUUAGUCCUAGUAGGCGUUUGGGUAAUAGCCAAAUGGCCAAGGGUUAUGGUUCUUAUAAGAGUCUCACUCCACCAAGAUCGUUCAAACGCCUCAACUCUUUCAAUUGCGCGUGAUAAGUAUGUUAAUAGAGGCACCCAAAAAUGUCGAUGAAUGAAGCAAGUGAAAAUUAUAUAAUAUAAAAGAUCAAGGUUCACAUCUCAGCAAAAACAAAAAUAUAGUCAUGGUACGUGUAAGCUGAUCUGAAUGACCGCGUAUUAUAAAUAAAAAAAGUAUGUCCAUAGCAUAUUUACCUAAUUAGAAGUUGAUUUAUUUUUUAAAAAAAAUAUGUUUCUUUUAAAGGUAUGUGGAGUUUGUAGGCUGCACUUAUAGUUAUACACGUGU